GCACUGCCUGCUGGAGGCCAGCGAGGCCACGGCGCGCAACGGCGUGCGCGCGGCCGUGCGCUCGCUGGCCUACGCCCUGGCGGAGAGCAAGGACCCCGACCCAGAGCCGGCAACGGACACGGGAGCGCCGGCGACUCCGGCGCCGGAGCCAGUGCCGGCCUUUCCGAUGCCCUUCGAGAUGAAUGCGGAGAUGUUGCCUGAGAUGGAAGGAAUGGCCAACAACUUAUUGAUGGCGCAUGAGGAUGAACUGGUGCCAUCAUGGGCCGAGUUUCACCAUGAGUUGUUUCAGGAGCUUGCAUGUCCAAGCCUGGGGGAUGGCUCUGCACCGGAUUUGGUGACUUUGGCCAACUUUGAGAGCAAGGCCAAUCUGCUGGCUGAGAACGCCGCAGUGCACACCCUCGACGCUACGAGGCCGGGCGAGACACCGUUCACAUGCUCUGCGAUUCCGGCUGCGUGGAAUCGUAACAUGAUCAACGAGCCAGAACAUCCACCACCACCAGCAAUGGACAAGGACAGCCCUUGGCAAACCGUGUCCUCCUGCAGAUUGCCUAUCUUUUUCGAGGAGAAUGCCUUGGUGGGCGCAGAUGAAUACAUCUCCGACCCACGGAAGAAGGGCAGGGCGGUGUUGAUGUCCCGCAGAUCCAUCCGCUCCUCCUCCAAGGUGCACAACUGGGCGCAGGCCGUGAGCUCGGCCGAGCAGGCGGGCGCCAGUGCGGUGCUGGUCUUCAACGACUUGGACGUGCAGGAACCCUUCCGGAUGGGCCUUUUUGGGGAGAAGUUGCCGAAGAUUCCGGCCUUCAUGGUCAGUGGCAAGGAUGGAGCAGCGCUGUGUGCAGCCAAAGAUUGUGACCUCCUGAUCGUGAGGUCUAUGUUAGCCUCCUCUCAAGCCACUCCGCCCUGGCCCUUGGCUGGGGGACGCCUUGCGGAUUUGGCGCAGGCCUGGAGUCUGCUGGAAGCCUUGUCAGCACAUGAACCCGAAGAACUGGACGAACUUCUCCAAAGGAUGAGUGUUCCGGAGAAGCGGGUCUGGCUGACGCGUCGCCUCGUGAGACAUCAUCGAACGUCGCAGCAGGCGGAAGCGGCGGAGCCUCCUUUGGCCUUCGUGGAGGGGGAUCGAUGGCUGUCGCCGCAGAAGCAGUUGGAAGCCUUGCGAAAGCAGUACUGUGAAGGCACUGGCAUUGGCAGUCCUGACAUUUGUGGAGAAUUCGAGGUACGAUUUCGUGGUGAACAAGGCGUUGGCAGCGCCGUGGUCCGUGAAUGGAUGGACUUGGUGGCGCGCGACGUCUAUCUGCAGCCAUCGCUGCGACUCUUGAGGAGCUACGAUCAGCGACAAACCUUUUGGCCCGAUGCAGCGGCCACCUUUUGCAACAACUGCUGGAAGAUGGACUAUGAGAUCAUGGGCUGUUUGAUCGGCCUGGCGCUCUGGCAGAAUUGCACUUUGGAUUUGCCGCUGCAUCCGCAUAUCUGUGCCUUGCUCUUCGGCUUUCCUCCCGAGAGCAUCACGACCAGCCUGGCUGAGAUGGAUCCCGAACUGCACAGACACAAGGUGCAGUGGCUGCUGGCCAAUCCCAUCGAUGAUUUGGGAGUUGAACUCAGCUUCUCUGAUCCUUUGGGACCAGAAGAGUCGAAGGAUGCGGAUGAAGAGGUACAAAGCCUCCCAUCCUUACUAUCGCGACAUCAGCGUUUAUCCGGAGACAGCAGCAGCACGGUUUUGAUGCGCGUGGAGAACUCUGAGGUGUUGCUGUGUGAUGGCGUGGCCACAGUGACGGACGAGAAUAAGCAUCGCUUUGUCGAGUUCCUGGAGAGAUGGAAACUCUAUGAAGGCAUCUCCGAACAGAUCAACGCCAUGGCAAAGGGAUUGGGCACCUUGACCGGAGAGGAUUUGGGCUAUCCCUAA